UAUGAGCCAGUGUGAUUCGCUCACCCCCUACGAUAUGUCAGCUGACCAGGAGAUGAGCCAAGCCGCCCCGCCUUGCUACCACCGAGACUGUCUAGAGGCCUUCCUCUCCUCUGAGGACCCAGUGAGGGUGGAGCUCAGUCUGAGCGCUGUUGAGGGACUGGUUAGGAAGAACACUUCUAAAGCCAGAGAGUGGCAGUCAAGAAAUAGAACGGCAAGGCCACAGAACAUAACAUACACAGAGCUGUGGGAGACCAACUCAAGCAUGCCCCUGGUAGAGCCGGGGUUGGUGUUUACCACGCCUUCAGCAGCCUUGAAAAGUCGGAUUGAUCUGUUUGUCUUUGUUUGAUCCAUUUGUUUGUUUUUAGUUUUCAGUAGUUGAAUCCUUUGACGUAUUCUUGAUUUCAACAUUUUAUUUGUCAACAAAAAUGCACUGGAUUGGUUGAAAAAUUAUAUUAAACUUACAUACCAUGCACAAUUUUGACAUAGUGGAAGCUACAUUCAGUUUUUCAUACUAAGAUGGACCAAGAUAUGUGUGGCUUUUGCACAUAUUUGUUCAUUGGUUUUGCAAUAUGUUCAUGCCAUUGAUUAAAAGAGUAAGAAUAGGAUACA